GGGGACCCAAGGGCUCUCCUUCUUCCGCUUUUCGUAUGGAGUCUGUCUGAAUCAGAUACACAUCAAAGAACAGAGCUGAGCAGAAUCGGUUGGAUUGCUGCUAUGUGGUUCGGGUUUGGAUGGUCUUGAAUUGCAAUCUCUUAUUACUCUCGUUGGUUGUACGAAUUAAUGCGAUUCAGGUCUGCUGCGGGUGGGGUGGUGAUCAAGUUUGGAAAUUAGGGCUUCCAAAUUCUUGGCGGAUUGGAUGGAAUUGGGGGAGUUAUUAAGUGGAUUCUCGUGGUGUUUGGGCGUGUUCUAUUGCGUUAAAGUCGGAUUGUUGGAUUGGAGAGUGGUGUAUUCAUUUCACGAGAGGGAGCUGGUUAGGGUUUGAGGGGAAUUUAAGGAUUUAGAGGGAAGUUUAGGGUUAGCAGUAAGGAUUUUGAUCUAGGGGUUAAUCAGUGGGUUAAGGAUGAUGAUGCAUGAAUUUGAGCUUGAGGAAGGAGAGGCUUUUUGCAAGGAUGAUACUACUGUUAAUCCUGAUAUAGCCCUCUCUUACAUUGAAGAGAAGGUUCAAAGUCUGUUGGGGCAUCAUCAAAAAGAUUUUGAAGGAGGGAUGUCUGCAGAAAAUUUGGGGCCAAAGUAUGGUGGAUAUGGCUCAUUUUUACCCAUGCAACGGUGGUCUCCUUCAAUUUUGUUGCCGCAGCCUAAAUCUCCUAAAAAAGUGCAAACUCCCCAUUUACCCAGAUCUCCAAACCACAUCUCUCCAGAGUGUGCCUCGACGCAGGGCCAUGCCCGUAAUGCUGACGUGGUCUCUGAUGCUCCUACUCAACAGAAUGACUCUCCUUCCCCCAGUAUAAGCGUACCGCAGAACAUGAGAAGCUCCUUGGAUAAUGCCUCGGUUAGACUCAAACAGAAGGCGAUCUUAUUCUCCGAUAAAGUUACUGAGGCCCUUCCUGGGAAGGACAAACUUCCUAUAAGUAAUUCUUGUAAUCCGUCUGACCAGAAAACACUUAAAGUUCGCAUCAAAGUGGGAACAGACCGGGUGGCUCAAUAUAAUGCUGAAAUAUAUAAUCUGGGGCUCACAUCACCAUCUUCCUCGGAGGGAGACAGUCAAGAUGAAAGUGAUGACUUGAUGCUUGAUUCCCAUGAGAUUCCCAAUGAAUCUACUGAAAUUCUUCAGAUUAUGACUUCACCCCUGGUUGGUGGUGGCUUGCUGCUUUCACCUCUCAACGAAGAUCUGAUUAACUUACACAGAGAAACUGAAUGUUUGGUAGAGAGUGCACAUAAGCCUGCCGCCAAUGGUUUUGGUAUCUCUGCUAAGAGUUCACAUGGUGGUGUUCUUGCGGGAAAGGAGAAGGAAGUUAUUGAAAGAAAGAAAGCAAUGAAGUCAAAUAAUGGUUUCGCAAUGAAUCUUAAUGAGAAUAAGCUGAAAACUUUUGGUGGCGAUGAUCUUGAGCACCUACAUCCAUUCCUUGACUCUCCUGGCAUUGUUAGGGAAUCUGAGAAAGAUGUCCGACUGAAAAAUAGGAAGGGGAAUAAAGAUAAAGUGAAAGGAAGAGCAGUUUCAGGUGAUUUGGUCAAGGAAACUUCUUUGGAACAUGCUUCGGACCACAGUUGUGCUAAGUCUGAGAUGCCAGAAUUGAGAUAUGGUUCUAUGGAUAAGGUUUGGAAACAUGGAGCAAAAUCUUGUAAGGAUGGUUCAGUUGAUUUUGGGCAGUGCAGCAGGACACCGGGCAACAGAAAUCGUGCUUCAUCCAUUGCCCUUUCAGAUAAUUCUGAAGGGGAAUGGGUCAGAGGAACCACCAAUGGCUCAAGUUUGAAAGUUGGUCUGAAUUCAACGUCUCAUAAAAGUAAUGGACUUGGAAAACCAAGGUUGUCAUUAGAUGGUAAAAACAAGUUGAAAGGAAGUCAAACUAGUGGAAAGUCAGCUCUAAAAGCUGAGAGUUUGAGGAAUGAUGAUUGUGACAUACCUCAAAACAAUUGCAGUGGGAAGAAGGAUGGUCAUAAUCUUCAGUUCAGCCAAAAAGAUACGGUUCAGAAAAGGUUAAAUCAUAUGGAUAACCCAAAGAACUCAGUGGAGAAGCCGUCUUCCAGUAGCAGGCCAAAAAACUCUUCACUUGGUUCUGCUAAGGCUAAGGCGACGUCUGGUAAUCAUAUGAAGGCAAGAUCAAGUAGUGAGAAAUAUGUUGACAAGGCGACAACAGCUGUGCAGCCUGUGGAUCCUCCAGUUGCAGCAAUCGAUGCUACAGGGGUGGAACCUGUGAUCAUAGAGGAUAACUGGGUCGGAUGUGAUGUUUGUCAGAAGUGGCGCCUUCUGCCUUAUGGCGUACAGUCCAACCAACUGCCUGAUAAAUGGGUUUGCAGCAUGCUCGAUUGGCUUCCAGGAAUGAAUAGUUGUGAAAUAAGCGAAGAUGAGACCACGAAGGCUGUUCAGGAUUUAUAUCUAGUUCCAGUUCCUGUUCCCAACAAUCAACCCGAUUUUCAAACACAUGUCGAUGGAGCAUUGACUGGAGUAAUUUCAGCCGGUGUGCAUAGUUUCAACCAGAACGCUCCUGUUUAUGAUCAACUGAAGAAGCCGAAACUGAAAGAAAAACAGAAUGCAACAAGCGCAGGUGAUCCUGGCCAUUCUAAAGCUAAAAAGCACUUGCAGCAGAUGGCCAUGAAAGAUGAGUUGCAAAAGAAGGUGAAGCAAUCUCUUGACGGAGUCAACACAACAAACAAAUCAGAUAUGCUGCAGCAUCCAAAUAAAAACGUAUCAAAAUCAAAUAAACGAAAAUCUGAGCAUGUGUUUGAAGAUGGUGUGAAUCCUCGAAAGAAAAUCAAGGAAACUCCUGCUCAGCAGACAGAAGGGAAGGUGAAUAAGAUCAAAUCUAAGCAGUCAGCCAUGGAAAACAUAGCUCAUAAUGGCCAGGAUCUGUUGUCAGAUUUACCUAAAAAGAUAGCUAAGAAGGAUGGGAUGAAUAGAACCACACAAAAAGAUGGACGAUCUGCUGGAGUGAGCGAUUUUGAAAGUUAUGGGAAGAAAGAAAAGGAUCAGAUGCAACAUUUGCCCGGUAACGCUCCCAUAGAUUCAAAACCCUUCAACUGUUCAGAAGUAUCCACAGAAAGGAUCAAAUUAAAGGACUCUCUGGAUAAUAAUCAGCGUCAAGGGGAGGUAUGGCAGAACAAUGGAAACCUCCAAGAUGGAAAAGCUUCAAUCAAAGAGGACAGCAAUGGCAGCUAUUUGCACAAAAGUAAGAAAGCCCGAGUUUGUAAGGUGGAAGACGGCUUCAAAGUAAAUCAGGGUGAUGAUAUAUCCAAAAGAAAAAGUUCGGAACCCAGGAUUUGUUUAUCAGGGAGUAAAGAAGGCCCUAUUAAUAUGGAUGUUGGGAAAGAAGAGAGGAUGAAUGAACAAAGAAGGAAGAAGCGGCUCUCUGUCGAAGAUCUUGAUAAAUUGAAAAAGGAUUUGGGGUGGGAACAGGUGUCAACAACUGCAACUUCAAGCUCCUCUAAGGUCUCUGAUUCCCGUAAAAACAGAAAUGGUUACAUGGGGGUAAGAGUGUCGCCCCAGGAGUCAGUUUCUUCUUCCCCUGUGAGGAUUCAGUAUAUGAAUGAGGCUGUGCAUAUAGAUAAAGUGGGAAAAGCCGAUUCGAGGACCAAUAAUGUUUCUACAGAAGCUAAUUCGAAGAAAUUUACAAGCACAGAUGAUAACUAUAAUGCAUCUAAACGAGAAGUUUCAAGCAACAAAAGGCACGCCUUCUCAGAAGGUUCUAGCAUCAAAUCAGCUAAGCAUGACACAAAUGGUGGCAAGAAGGAGCUUGGAAAAUCGAGUGAUAUUAAAAAGAAGAACCAGUCUGCGAAGAGAGAGCAUGAUAAGAAUGACACCCAUCCUUGCCGAGCCAGUGUCACUCAGGAAAACCUUACAGAGGUUUUUCCAAGAAGUUCAACUGAUCAAACCUCUAGAAAGUUGUGGGUCAACUCAAGUCAAGGAGACAACCAAGGUGUGUUAGGUCCUAGCAAACAUGGAUCAAGAGCAUCGAGACCCUCGAAAAGUUCGAUUGGUGCAUCAUUAGUUGAUCAGACAUCAAAGGCUUCAAAAGAGACUGCAACUCAGAACGGUACUGGAAACUGCGGCAAUAAUGAGGCUGAACAAUCUAUGGUUCUUGAUGCAAACCAUGGAAAUAAGAAUACCGGAAAUAUGUGUACUGCCUUGAAAGAAGCUGAAGAUGCUUGGAAAGAAGCUGAAAAACUUAGGACGCAUGCCGAUUUAAUUAAGAAUACUGGGUUUAGUUCUGAAAGUAACUAUGAAUACUUCAAGGCUGCCUUGAAGUUUCUUCACGGCGCUUCUCUUUUGGAAACGUGCAAUGGGGAAAGUAUCAAACAUCCAGUGAUGAGUCCGAUUCAAAUGUAUGGUAAUGCCGCCAAGAUUUUCAGGAACUGUGCCUCCGAAUACGAAAAAGGUUGUGAAAUGGCUGCAGCCACUUUGGCGUACAAAUGUGUGGAGAUAGCUUACAUGAGGGUAGUUUACUGCAAAAGUUCAACUACUAAUCGAGUUUGGCGUGAUUUACAAUCAAAUCUGCUUACACUUCCACAAGGUGAUUCUCCGUCAUCUUCAGCAUCUGAUGUAGAUAACUUAAACAACUUGGCAGCGGCUGAGAAGGGCAGUUUGGCAAAAAUCGGUGGUUCUCAAACUGGUAAUCAUAUUAUACCAGCUCGCAACCGCCCCAACGUUGUUCGGCUGCUCGACUUUACUAAGGAUGUAAAUUCUGCGAUGGAGGCAGCGAAAAAGUUGCAAGAGACACUCUCGGCGGCUAUGGUAGAAGUAGAAGAGUCACAGAACACUGAGGCAAUAAUCGCCCUUAAAAGGGUCGUAGAAUUCAGUUUCCAAAAUGUGAAAGAACUCGUGGGCAUGGUGUUGAAUGCAUUUAACAUAAUCAACCAAGGCAAUAGAGGUUAGUGAGGUUGUGAUGAAUCUAUCUUCUUCUUCGUACGGGGAUCGUCAUCGUCUUCUCGCCAUUCUUUUUGAAGACAUUAGAUCUUCAACUCCUCCUUAUAUAACAAUAAGGGCGCAUGUAUAUAUGCAGAAAAGUUUCAGACACACUUUGCCUAUGUCUAGAUGGGAAUCAUGCAAGAGAAAGAAAGAAAGAAAUGGUUCCUUUACAUGUUUUAUAUGAAGGGCUCAGUUUUGACACUCAUAUAUAUAUUAACUUCUUACUGAUGAGGGACAGUGUCUAGUAUAUUGUUAUUAUUAUUAUUAUUAUUGUUCCCUCUUCUAUCUAUGGCUUUUGUUGUACAGUGGGGGAUGUGAGUUUUAGAGGGGAGCAAUUUAUGCCCCCUAAAAAAUUGUAUAUUUUAUUAAGAUGAUCCACAUUUUGAUUGAUUUUUGUCCUCAAAUGUUCCUUGAGCUAUAUAUAUUGGAAAUGUAAUCCAUG